AUGCGCUACACGGCUAACCGAGCGGUAAACUCCUAUUUUGAGUCUUCGACAACCUCCCGAACAUUUGAGGUGAUUCAUAUAUAGUACGUACAUACCUAUGGUGGGAGAGGGAGUCCAGGGAGUCCACGCAGUUCAUGCGUAUGCCUAGUGUUUGUGAUGUCAUUUGUAGCGUUCUUUUUGUACAAGGGGAAGGGCCUAAUAGGGGGUACAUUUUCCGAAAAUAUUUGAAGUCGCUUUUCCGCGGUGUUAAAAAAACAAGACAUUCUAAAGUACAGAGAACAUUUAUAUAAGCAAAAUGUUUAACUUGGGGUUCAUCCUAAGGUUUUUAGUUAUACUCCGUGAACAUGUUAUUUCAAUUUAUGUAGAUUGUUUGGUUUUUGGGUGAUACAAAUUUUGGUAAAUCAUCUUCUUUAAAGCACUGUAGUCCAUCUCGGCAUAAUCAUAGCAAGAAAAAUGGUGAAGGGAAAGUUAUUUGUGAGAAAAAAUUUAAAGGUAAAGGAAAUGAGCAUGAAUAUUUGGGCGCCGUAGUAUGUGGAUUGUAGAUUGAUGUCUUGCUGUUUAUGAAUGUUCAGCCCUAUCCUAACGUUGACCCUAACCUAUGACCGCUGACCCCAGCUCAUAUACCCACUUUGGUUGUGGCAACAGUGAAUGACCAAAGAGAUAACUAACGGUGGGGAGUUACAUGUUAAUAUGUGCAAUUAUUUACAAAAAUAACCGUUCAAUCUAUAUGUGCCACCUUUAAUUUCACUGGUUGAACUUACAGUUACAAGUUAUCUUCCCCAAAAAGUAACUAGUAACUAGCUACUCGAUAAAGUAACGGAUUAAAUAAAACCUAUUGCUCUUAGCAAUGUUACACAAUUAACUGUGCCUAAGUGUGUGUAACAAGUGUGCUACAAUUUUCAGCUAAUUGCCCCAAUCUUUGGAAUCUUGCAAACAACAACUUUUGUUGGCGAGUAUUUGAUAAAGUCCUGAUGACGUGGCAGGCUGCCAAUACGUUUUGCUUGCAUCAGAAUAGUCGUCUUGCAAAUUCAAAUGAUGUUCAAGUUAUUCACAAGAAUUUAUCUGCUUUGAAAGAUGGGAAGCGAUACUGGACAAAUAGUACUCAAAUUGAGGUCUACCCUCCACAUGAUCCGUUACAAGACUGGUAUUGGCUGGAUGGUCAACAAUUUAAUGCCAGUCAGAGACGAGGUUUAUAUGCAAGACUUACCUACACUGGCAAAGAGGAGAGAUGUGCUAUUAUUCGUGACAGUCAGAGUGGCAUUUGGGAAGAUAGCCCUUGUAGUGCAAGUCACUUGUCUAUCUGCAAAAAGGGAGAACCUAUUAUGAACAUGGUAUUUAUUGUCUAUAUUUCGAAUUUAUCGUAACUAUAAAAACAAACUAAGCUAAGAAACAGUGAUGGUAAUCCCAUGCCAUUAAUGUACACUGUUGUGGAAUAAUUCCACAUACGUACUGACGAAUUACUCUGCACGUCGCUAGCUCUUAUUCACAACAAGGAAGCCAGCAUUUUGUUGCUAAAAAGGUUUCUUAUUUGCAUAUACUUCUAGCUUCGACCAAAAGUUAUAAAAGAUUAGUAAGGUAAAUUGAGCCAAGGGGCUUUGCUUCUUAAAAGAUAAUUCGUGACGAUUGACUAAAGGAUAAUCAUAAUUGGUAUAAACCAACUAGUAGGCUAUCAUGUAUCCUGCGUUCUGAUUGGCUACGCUACUAGUAGGCUAUUAGUGAUAGCCUACUAGUAGCAACAAGCGACGAAGGGCGCGAGAGUAAAUGGCCGUUUUUAAGUAUUAAAACCCGUAUUUAAAGGGGAAAAGCUUAUCAAAAUGGCCUAAUAUUGGUUCUGGAUUACACACAAACAAAGACUCUUGGAAACUGCUGACACAUGCGGUAAAAUGUUUAAGUUUUCUCAACUUUGCUCGUAGUUUUGAACAUGAAAGUGACAGGCAAUUUUUUAAAAUAUAUGCACAGUGUUUGUUAAUAUUCCACUAGCAGAAUCAUUGAAAUUCAACAAUACUUUGUAGCUAUUUAACCCUAUUUUCUCAACCUCUUUAGACUUUAGUGUGUGCUUGUUUUAAGUACGAGUUCAUGUAUUUCGCUGUAAUUUUAAAGAGUUUUUUUCGUUUAAUUGUUGAGAUUUUGGCCGAGCUCGAGAUUGUUUUUCGCCUUUUCGACCCUUUUUAAGUCGUGUUUUUCUAUUAAAUUUUAAUAAAAACUAUUGUCUAUGUAUACUAGGUUAUGGAAAUGGUUUGCCUCUUUAUGUUCCUGAUAUUUUAAAGAUUUCAACGACAUUCGGAAAAUCGGAUUCUUUUGCAUGUGUUUGCAUUUUUAUUCAGCUUUUUAAAUUGUAAACUUUAUUUACUAAUUUAGUAACAAUUCGGGAAGCCAUUUUGUGUUCGAGAUUUUGAACUUUUUAAGCCUUGUUUCCUUCUUUUAAAUAAGUUUUAAUUAACCAAACUUCGCUUCUAUAACGGUCUCUUACUAUUAUACUGUUUUACGACAUGUUUUUAAAUUUUUUAAAACUCCACAAGUUGUAUUUUUCAAGUCAUUCUUGGGAGUUCGCAACACUGAGUAGUUGUCAACAAAGCCGAGGCAAAAUGUCGCCAAAGGAAGCCAUUUAAACGCUCAUUUCGUUAAAACGUUAUUAUUUUAAAUGAAAAUCAAGUGAUAAAUUCCGUUUUCUUUAUGUGGUUUAUACGAAAACAAUUAGACAACUCAGCCUCGUUGUCUCCGAACGAAUAGUCAACUCGGCUUCGCCUCGUUGACUAUUCGCUCAUAGACAACUCGGCUUCGUUGUCUAAUUGUUAAUUAUCAACAUUUUCACUAGAAUACAAACCAAACGUUGGGAGGAGUGCCGUGGGGGCUAUGGAUGGGAUGAAGGGUCGAAAAAAGGGUACUCUGUGUACGCUUGUGAAAAUGGUGAUAAUUAUAUAGACGACCCUUAAAAAUAAUGGCCGCGAACAUACUGUACGUCUGACCAAUUUCGACUUGUCUCUCAUAAAGAAUUGCAUUUCCAUGUUGCUUUUCUAAGAAUGAUCGUAAUUCGUUUGAGCAUGCAUGUACAUUUUUGUAUUGUAUUGUAUUGUAUUGUAUUGUAUUGUGUUGUGUUGUGUUGUGUUGUGUUGUGUUGUGUUGUGUUGUGUUGUGUUGCGUUGCGUUGCGUUGCGUUGCGUUGCGUUGCGUUGCGUUGCGUUGCGUUGCGUUGCGUUGCGUUGCAUUGCAUUGCAUUGCAUUGCAUUGUAUUGUAAUGAUUCUGUUUUACUAAGGUUCCCUGGGUAAAUUUCAGGCGUCCGUUGAUAAUGAAAAUGUUUGAUUGAGUCAUUAGAGUGUUUUAAAUAUUUUAGAAGCCGUAUUAAUUUUGUGAAAAUAAUGAGAUUCCUGCACUUCUCUAUCAUAUUCCAUACUAAUCUUCCCUCUUGUUUAAAUGCUAGACCAUUUUGACGGUAUGUUCUCAUCCUCUUACAUACAUGUUUUAAUGCAGUUGAGUAGUUAUUUCCACUCAUGCAUGGCCAAGUUUUUUUACAUGUUAUUAAAACUAUAUACCUUUUGCGUUCGUGGUUUAUAUACGUAUACAAUGUGUACAUAACCUUGUGAAGAAGAAGAAUACAAAAUCAUAAAAUAUUCGUUAAAUAAAAUUGAAUUUCUUCCCUUAUUUAGAUUGGUCCUGAAGAGGCGAAGGUACACUCGUUUCUUUUUCUAAUAGUGUACCAGUUGCCAGGUCUAAACUUUAGUAAACGACUUGAAAUUUAGCUCUUUAAAAUUUUAAUUGUUUCAUACUGGAAUUCCUUUAAUGGCGAUCAAAAGCUGUUCUCUCAGCAAGCUGGUUUCUUUAUGUUUUUGUUACAAGAAUUAUUAAUGGAAUUUGUUUAAUUUUAAUUUUUCUCUGUGAUUGUCAAUGUAAGGCAACUUGUUUCGCAAAAAUGAAAGGUUUUAAAGACGAAUUUGAUCAAGACGACACAUUAAUAAGAAAUGUGCAUGAUAAUAUAAUUUUAACUUGAUAAAAGCAAAGCAUAUUCUACGUGAUAUCACGUGGCAGAAAACCACGGUCAGUCGACAACUUAAGACAAAUAUAAGACAAAAACAGAUCCGAACAGUAAAUUCUUAUUAAUAUUUAAUAUUGCAACUAAAAAAUGGACAAGUUUUUGAAAUCAAUAUUUCGACUAAUUUUAAAGACAUUAUGCUUCUUCUUUUUUAUUUAAUUAAUCUGCAUUUAUAGUGCCAAGCACAUUCCUCGUUUUCUCACAGAUAUCCAUAUAAAAUCCAUUUAAAAACGCGCGGAUAAAAUGUAAAUUAAUUUGCUUUCCUUUCACAGGCCAAGAUACUGAACGCCGUAGAUGGACUUCUAAAUAUACGUUUUACGGUAAAUAUAAUAAUAACUCGAAUAUAUAUAUCUUUUCUGAUAACCAUGUUAAAAAACAAGUAAUCGUUCUAUUUAAAACACUAACAAGAGUGCUUUAUUGGUUAUAAACACGAGGCGAUAGGCGAGCGCUUUAUAUCUGAUUUUAACACUGACUGCACGCAUGGGAGUGUUUUAAAUGACUUUAAAAACUACCCAUCUUAUGACAAAUAAUUUUAAAAUCCAACGUUGUCUAAGCCGAGAGAAUCAAAGCUAAAGCUUAUGUGAAUUAAAAAUCAUUUUUAUCUCAUACAAAACAAGCUACAAGGUAUUUCCCUUGUCUUUUCCUCAUGAAUAGGCUAUUAUUAAUGAGUUUUUUUAAAUGAAAUAAAAUAAAUUUUGAUAGGCUAAGAGUAAUUCAGUUUUAUUGAAAUACUGUGUCCAAAGCUGUAACUCAGGACCAAAAAAUAUUUUAGUGCAAGUAACUCAGUGAAUAAAAAAUGAUUGUUGAACAUAACUGAUUUAAGUAAUUUAAGUUUUAUAUAAUUUCUGCCUUUGUUAUCUAUUCUUAUUUUUUUACUAAUAUUAAUGUACGGCUUCUUAGGUUGAAAAACAACUGUUUAAUACAACCCAGAAAAUCAUUCGUAUUGUCCAGUCAAGCAGCUUCGAAUCAUUUAAUAGCACAAGAAGAAAAAACGGAAUAAUAGGUAUGAAACCCGUUUAAGCACCUUGUAUUGUAAUGUGUUAACCAACAAAAGUAUCUGUGGUGCAUGAGCUAGCUCUGCAGUGGGUGUACAUUAAAAAAUAACUAGAAAUACAUGCAUGCAGCAACCAUCUCGCAUUUUAAAGUUUAACAACUGUAGUUUCCAAUCAUAAAUUCAACAUAUUCCAUUCUGAGCCGACAACUGAUACUAUAAAAUUAAAGUUAUAGCUAGACAAAGUCCAACGUUGUAUCAAACUAUACUUGAGGAUGCACAGUACAUGCACGUAGCCCUAUUGUGUUCGUUGAGUUUCAAUCCUAGACGUUUACUAAAACAUUUUGAAAUGCUUCAAUGUUCUCUUUUCUAAAAAUAUAAAUUAAUUUCUCAUGUUUUUAAAAUCUUGCCAAUAACAAUUCGCCCAAGUUUUGAGAUCAGUAUCUCCACCCAUUAACCAUGGCCAUGUGCCCGCGAUCAUUGAUGAACUUUUCACUCCGCUAGAUUUUAUUUUCCCGGUGUAAAUAGCCGAGCGAGUCAACCUAUAGUACCCACACUACGCGUUCCGCGAGUGCUCGAGGAAUAUUAUCAUUAGGAUAAAUUGGCAUAACAUGCGGGAAAAUAGCGGUUUAAAUUAAUAAUCUUUCUUUAUAAAACUCAUUAACAAUUCAUGAGGAAAAUACAAAAGAAAUUAAUGUUUAAUCAAUGUUUGUAAAUCGCAUAAAGAAUUGUCCUGAUUCACAUAAACUUCAGAUUUGAUUUUCUCGGCUUAGACAAUGUUUAUUUUUAAAAUUACGUACUUCGUCAAUGAACUCAUAAGAUGAUGGGUCGUUUUAUAAGCACGAUAAAACUUUCUCAUCCGAUCUUUAUCUGAUAUACAAACUCUCGCCUUCGGCUCGAGUUUGUAUAUCAGAUAAAAAUCGGCUGUUCAUGUUUUAUCUAGUACAUAACAAUCUUCAAAACAACCAGAAAAAGAUUUAUAAUACUUCAGAUAUAAUGGAAAACAAUUUUGAAGAAUUUAAUUUUCUCUUCGAAAUGUUAUUAAAUUUCAUUAUUUUCCAAUUUUGUAGUGGAGGUGCUUACCACUAGUCUUCAUAGUCUACACAAGUGGGGAGAAGACAUAACGUCAAUACCGAACAUAACUAUUUGGAAGAGGUGUCAAAAUGAACCAGAUUGUAAGUAAUAGAUAAAGCGUGAUCGGUCGAUCUUCAUUUGAUACACAGAUAAGAAAAACACCGUGAAAAUCAUCUACGCAUGCAUCAGCAGGCAUCAUAUAUUUAAAUCAUUAUAAAUUUCAUGAUAUCGAUAUGUAAAUAAAAUCAGACAAUUCAUAUAUUACUAGAAAUACAUGCAUGCAGCGACCCCUCGCAUGUAUUUUCCAAACAUUGAUUUAACAUGAAAUAUUAGUAAUUGAUUAACACUGAACCUAUGACUGAACGCUGGCUCGCGUUUACGUCAGUGUUGCCAUGGCAACACGAUAAAUUUGGGUUUUUUUAUAUUUUUUGUACAACACAUCAAAAAUAGUUGAAAGAUUAUUGCUUUUAACUAUAUAACAAUGAAUUUCCAAAAUAUGUACAGUAGGUAUGUUGUUCGGCAUUUUGUGAGCUUUGAUUUAAUGUAAAAUUUAACGUGGAUCGCUGCGUAAAAUGUUUUGAAAUGUUCAUUUUAAUAUUAUAGAACUAUAAACUGCUUUUUCCAAUAUAAAACUGUACGGGUUUUUAUAUAGUUUAUAAAACAAAAUAUGUUCAAAUUGUUGAGUAAUUUCAGUUCGGCUUUCAAAUGAAUUUGCACUCCUUUACAUUUUACCUUUUAUUCUUAAAUUAAAGAGGGUAAUUUCGCAAACUUUGAUACAGCUUCAUUGAAAAGGAAAAGCAGUGCAUGUUUUACGCAAUAAAUUAAAGCAACAAAAUUCAUAAACAUUAAACAUUCAUGCAUCAAAGCAAACUUGCCCUAUAUUCCACGAUUUUCCACAGUAAAUCAAUUCUUCUCAUUUCUUCAAACAAAAAUUGCUUCAAAGCUCAUUGUGUGAAACGUGAUUUUCUAAAUAUAUGCUUUUGAAAAUUGAAAUCUUGCUUAUCCCACUCCUGGAAAAUAGCCAUAUUUUUGAGAUUAGCGAGGAUGACCACCCAUGCUUGUUGGUGACCGACGCCCGCGCUCAUUGAUCAACUUCAGACUUAUAAUAUAAUAUAAUAUAAUGAAUUUGUCACUUUAUACACGAUACAAACUAAUUAAAGACAAAUAAAGACAGAUACAAAUCGUGACAGGGGAAAGGAACAGGACUCUCGUCCCAAUUGACACCUAACCCCUAUAAAGACGUUAAAUAUAAAUAAAGAUAAAGAACAUGUUAUAACACAUUAGUUAUAACACUGAACUUAUACUAGCUAAAGUUUGAAUCGUGACUAUGAAAGUACUGAACGUUUACACACUGCGACUUACCCACUAUGCAGAUUACUAUUAUGAAUUAUUCAAAAUCAAUUUGGAAAUCACGAGUCAAUUUAUAACAUAUUUGUAAAUAUGAUGAAAAUGGCCGGAUGAUGGUUCAACAAAUCGCAAUGUGUAUACGCUGAUCACGCAGUGCCCGGAGGUACGUAAUGCGAUAACUUAGUAGAAUACAACUUUUGAAGAUGAGACUUGAAAAUACUUAAAGAAUUGGAGGAUUUGACAUGAGACGGUAGAGUGUUCCAUAGUUCAACCGUUCUAAUGAAAAAAGAAUUUCUAAAAUAGUCCUGCUUGUGUUUAAUUAUAAGAUUAUAGUUGUUUUUAUCAUAAUUUCUUGAUUGGUAUCCAGGUUCAAAAGUACAUAUAUAUUUGUUCACAUCAGUAGUAAUUGCUCCAGUUCUAGAUUUAAAAAGUAGGCAUAAGUCUGAGAUAUCUCUUCUGAACUCAGGAGGGAGAAUCUUGAUUUUCGCGAGUCUGUCAGCAUACGUUAGGUUCUGUGGAUAGUCAAGAAUAAACUUUGUUGCCCUCCGCUGGACAUUUUCGACUAGUCUCUUAUGCUUGAUGGUAUACGGUGACCAUAAGCUGCUGGCAUAUUCUAGAAUGGGCCUCACGAGAGCGCAGAAUAGUAAUUUUCUCACUCUUUGGUCGUGGGUAUCCUUGCAAGUUCGUUUGACAAGUCCGAGUGUUCUGUUGGCUUUGGCCACCGUUUCUUCUAUGUGUCUUGACCAGGACAUGUCACUGCAUACAGUCACACCAAGAUCUUUGACGUAUGGAACACAUUCCAGAGGUUGACCGUCCAAAUUGUACUGAGAUACAAUCUUCGUCUUUUUUUCUCGAGACCCGUAGUGCUUGACAUUUAGAUUUGUUAAACUUCAUCGCCCAGUCGAGACUCCAUUUAUGAAGGUUAUUCAGGUCGUUUUGGAGGUGAAGGGUUGAGUCAGGAAGGUUGAUGGGUUUAUAAAGUUUGGAGUCAUCGGCAAACAGGGCAAUGGUUGAUUGGGAAUUGAUGUAGCUGGGGAGAUCGUUGACGUAGACAAGGAACAGGAGAGGACCAAGUAUGGAACCUUGGGGGACACCGGAUGUUAUUGGAAGCCAGUCAGAAUAAACACCAUCAAGAACAACUCUUUGAUAUCUGUCCGUGAAAUAGCUGCUAAACCACGAGAGAAGAGAUCCUGA